UUUUUAAAAAAAGUAUUUUUGGUUUGUGCUCGAUUACGAUUCAGUUAGUUUUUAUUUUUAAAUGAAAACAAAUCUCUCUUCUUCCAAUAAGUACAUAACAAGGUGUUGACUGAAAUUAAGUGAAUUUUAUUGUGUGUUCGAAAGUUUUGGACACAUUUAUUUUAAAUCGAAAUGAUUCUCUCGCAAUCAAUCCGCAUUAAUUUUCCCUUGAUUGUGAAUACUCGCCAAAUACUAACCAAAAGCCAUCCGUUUUUGGUUAAUUUAUCAUUUUUGAAACCAAUUAAGGAAAUCGGUGGCAGGGUUCGUACAUCUAAUGCUGUUUCAUUUUGUACAAAUAAACCAUCAACACUGGAUGAUUUUAAGUUAAUUUAUGAGCAGAGCAGACAAACAUUCGAAUCUAAGAAACUGCCCAAAAAUGUUAACCUGCAAGGGGUAUUCGCUUGCAACGAGCUCGACUUGCAAGAAGUUGAAGUCUAUGGCUUUGAUUAUGAUUACACAUUGGCCUGUUACAAAUCAUGUUUGCAUGACUUGCUUUACAACCUGGGACGUGAUAUGCUGAUAAAAAAAUUUAAGUAUCCCGAAGAAAUUGCCCAACUCGAAUACAAGCCCGGAUUCGCUGUACGCGGUCUUCACUAUGACAUCGAAAAAGGUCUUCUACUAAAAUUGGAUUCUUUUUUGCAAAUUCAAUUGGGUUCAGUCUAUCGGGGCCUGACGAAAAUUCCGGACUCAGAGGUUUUAAAAAUUUACAAAAACCGAAUAAUACCAAUUGCUUACGUUGAAGGACACUCUAAAAGCUAUCAGCAAGAUGUUAAAGCAAAAAUGGUGCAGCUAGCGGAUUUGUUCUCCGUUCCAGAAAUGUGCUUGCUAUGCAAUGUUGCCGAAUAUUUCGAAAAGAAUCACAUUGAUUAUCAUCCAGAGAUAUUAUUUGAUGAUGUCAAGAGUUCUGUACAGCGUUGUCAUCCAAUUAUGCAUCAAAUUGUGUUGGAAGAUGCAGAAAGUUUCAUUGAAAAAAAUCCGUUAUUGCCAGGAUUUUUCGAGCGGCUAAUCAAAGCUGGAAAGAAAUUAUUUUUAGUUACCAAUAGUCCAUUUCCGUUUGUAAAUCGAGGCAUGACUUUAUUGGCAGGUUCUAAUUGGAGAGAUUAUUUCGACGUAAUUAUAGUACAAGCCCGAAAACCCAAAUUUUUCACUGAUGAAUCUCGGCCAAUACGUUUAUAUGACGAAAAAACUAACACGCAUGUAUGGGAUAGAGUUUCUAAGCUCGAAAGAGGUAAAAUUUAUUAUGAGGGUACAGUUAAACAACUUCAAGAGUUAACAGGAUGGCAUGGACAUUCUGUGUUAUAUUUUGGUGAUCAUCCGUACAGUGAUUUAGCUGAUGUAACAUUGGAACAUGGUUGGCGUACGGGUGCAAUAAUCAGUGAAUUGACACAUGAAAUAAACACACUAAACGACGAGCAAUUUAAGAAAAAUGCCAACUGGUUACAAAUGCUUACACAACUAAUUGAAGAUCACCAAGAUAACGAAUCCGAAGCAGCUCAAAUAAGUUUAAAAAACUGGAUGAACGAAAGAGAUAUAUUAAGGAAUGAAACAAAAAAAGUAUUCAACACACAAUUCGGUAGUGUGUUUCGCACCUACCAUAAUCCAACAUAUUUCUCAAGACGCUUAUUCCGAUUUGCUGAUAUCUACACGAGUGAUAUUACCAAUUUACUCCAUUAUUCUGUAGCACAUACAUUUUAUCCCAGGAGAGGUGUUAUGCCACAUGAAUAUAUAUCUUACUUUAUGUAAGCGCACAACGCAUAAUUAGAUCUUCUUGUAAUUAGGAAUAUUAAUUAUUCAAAUUGAAUCUGAAGAAAGACGUGUCUUUUUAGUCCCACCUUUUUUAAUUAUUUUCUCAACGAGGCCAAGCUGUGAAAGAAAUAGAAGAGGCUAAAGACAUGCUAAUUUUUAAGUGCAACAAUAAGACCCUCCUCGCAUGUCUCGUCAAAUAGAUAAAUUUAAAUUAUGCUUGUUAUCUACCUAUUUAUUACUCGUUUAUUAAAUUAAGUUAACUAAUAAAUGUAAAUAAUAUUUAUUUGCAUUUAAGCAUGCAAGUCUCUUUUAUGAUGUUAGAAUUUAAAACAAAAAGUGUAUAAAUAGAAUUGAAAACGAAGUGUGAUAAUUAUGUUGUAGCACUAAUAAUACUCAAUUCAAAUUCUUUAUUUAAAUUAAAUACAACUGAAAAACGAAGAAUACA